AUGAGUAUCAAGCAUCUUUCUUCAGCUGGAUCUUUGAGGGGAUUAGGAGGUGGAAGUUCUGGUGUUUCCCGUAUGUCAUCUGUACGAUCAAGUACUUCUUACCGAUCACCAAGCAUGCAUGGUGGUCUGAUCGGUAGAAAUUCAGGUGGAAGUUUAGGUCUAGGUUGUAGUGUUGGCAGUGUUGGAGGCUAUAGCUCUGGUUUUGGAUAUGGAGGAGGUAGUGCCGGGUAUGGCUAUGGUGGUGGCCAUACUAGUGUUGUUUCCGCAAGGGAAGACAUCCUGAGCACCAAUGAGAAAGAAACGAUGCAGGUACUGAAUGAUCGUUUGGCAUCCUACCUAAACAAAGUGCGCUCUUUGGAAAUGGAAAAUGCCCAACUUGAGAAAAACAUCCGAGAGUGGUAUGACAAACAGGUUCCAUACAUGUCCCCUGAUUUCCAACCAUACUUCAAGACUAUUGAGGACCUUCAAAACCAGAUCCUUCAAGCAAGCAUUGACAAUGCUAACAUCCUGCUUCAGAUUGAUAAUGCCCGGCUGGCUGCAGAUGACUUCAAGACCAAGUAUGAAAAUGAAGCAGCUCUCCGCACAAGUGUAGAGGCUGACAUCAAUGGACUGCGUCGUGUGCUGGAUGAUCUCAUGCUUGCUAAGAAAGAUCUAGAAGGACAACUCCAAACCCUGACUGAAGAGCUGGCCUCCUUGAAGAAAAACCAUGAAGAGGAGGUGAACAUCUUGCGCUCUCAGCUGGGAGCAAGAGUUAACGUAGAAGUGGAUGCUCCUCCUGCUGUGGACCUGAACAAAGUGCUAACAGAAAUAAGGGAUCAAUAUGAGAACAUAAUGGCCAACAACCUAAAAGAAGCCGAGAGGUGGUUCUUAGAAAAGAGUGAAGAGCUGAACCAACAAAUGACAAGCAGCGCCCAACAACUUCAGACAUGGAACCAUGAAAUCAUCGAACUCCGCCACACAGCCCAAACUUUGGAAAUAGACCUUCAAGCCCAGAACAACCUGAGAGAAGCCCUGGAGAACGCAUUGGCUGAGACCGAAGCUAGAUACAGUUGCCAACUUGCCCAACUUCAAGAUAUGAUAUCUAAUGUUGAGGCCCAACUAGCAGACCUUAGAUCUGAUCUGGAAAGACAGAACUUUGAAUACAGAUGUCUCAUGGAUGUAAAGACACAUCUGGAGAAGGAGAUCGCAACCUACAAACAACUGCUUGAUGGAGAAGACAUGACGAGAGGCUCAUUUACCAGAACCGUCACAAUGAUGUCCAGUGGAUCAGGUGGCUCCAUGAAUAUGGGAGGCAUGGGGGGCAUGGGAGGCUCUGGAGGAAUGAAUGCCAACAUAAAAACCCAAGGACCAUGAAGAAUUAGAAAACUUUAGCCACUCAUUAUUUCCUGUGGUCUUGUUAUAUUAAAGCAAAAAUACUAGCCAAUAAAAAAAGAUUUUGAAAUAAAAUAAACAGCCGUCAGAAGUUGUUUUAACCACCUGGCACCUACUUAUGUUGCACAAUGACCAACCAUGUCUACGUGAGAUUGUAUGUGUGCAUGAAUGUGUAUCUGUUGUGCAUGGACAGUGGUGUUGGGUAUUUUUUAGCAAUGCCAUUGUAUGCGCAAUACUAACUGUUGAGUUGGGUGAUGGUGUCUUUAUGAGUGGGGUCAAGGGCUCUGUGUCUGGUGAGGGGUAUUUGCUCACUGUGUAUGGAAGAAUAUAAUCUAGAAUAUGGUGUCAAUGUGCAAUUGAAGAAAGGGUUAAGGGUGACCAUUCAAAAUAAGAGGUAAAAACUACCUCGCAACCCAUAGACUUGAAUGGAAUAAUUGAGUUAAAACAACAUGCUUGUUAAAGAAGUGGUUUGAGACUAGAGAUUUAAAAAAAACAGUGCCACUAUUGUCCGUGGUUGUGUCUGAUUUUGUAGCUUUUGUCCCAUUGGCUUAAAUAGGGCUAGGAUGCAAUACCAAACACAAUUCAUAGACCUAAGUGGGGCUGUUUUUGUAAGCCACUAUCACCAACAACCUCUUCAACAAGCAUUUUAAAGGCACUAUAACUUUUUGUAGGAUUUGCCCCCUAUCUGAGGCUGCUGUGUAAACAACUAGUGCUUUUGCUUUAAUUAACAUAAAGUUACUAAAAUGUGUAUUGAACCACAUUAAAUUUCAUUUAGCUAUAAGCAACUUCCAUUUAUACUUCCUGCUACUUGUCCUCUGCUGUCCUCUCAGAGGUUGAUUGUUGUCAGUGUCAUCAUCACAUUUUUAUAUUUUGUCUGUUUUUUGAAUUGCCUAUUCCAUGUCAGGGGGAUGGGCAGACUCUGCAGAGAAUGCUUCCUACCUUGUUCAUAAUAAAAC